AUGUUUAUUACACCUCAAGAGUCCCACUUGAUUUCCGUCCGCGCGGGGCAGGGCGAUCUUGCUGGACUUGCCGUUAUCGUCAAAAGUCUUGCUCAGCGGGAAAGGGUGACCGAAGCAGAGGUCUUGAUCUCGUGCAAGGACGACUUCCAGAGAACGGCGGCGCAUAUUGCAGCUCAGCUGGGACAAAGAUGCAACUUAUCCGUGUCAGCUUCAAUCGAGACAUUGGCAGCCCUGCUCGCUUCAGAAGAGGACAAGACCACUUAUUUCAACAUGGCGAAUCGCUUUACGGGCGACCGGCCGGUUCAUACAGCAAUGCGUUUUGGCUACCUUGAGGUCUUGAGAACACUGGUCACGCAUGGCGCUGACCCGACAGCCAAGAACCGAUUCGGAGAUACGGUAUUGGACUAUCCGGGAGAAUAUGAGAUGGACGAGGUCAAGAGCAUUGUCGACGAAUACAGGGCAAGGUUUCCACAGACCACGACAUGA